AUGGAGGCAGAGCUCCAAGCCCAGAUUCCCGGUCUGGACCGUGUGAUCUCGGAAUACUCUGUGGGCUACUUGACGCAUGCUUCAAACGCUUUCGUUGAAGAUGUAAACGCCCCGUCGCCACUGUCGGAAGCUGCCGACAUGGUGACGGAGCUUCUCGUCUCUGCCUCGGGGGAUUUCUCGGAUCAAAAUGAGAAGGCUAUCCGGAACUUGGUUGAGAAGUUUAUCUCCUCACUGAGCGCUUCUAAUGGCAUCGAUGCUGAGCGCAGGCAAAUGCCUUUUACCGCGAAGAAGCUGGACCAGGCUAUCCAUGUCGGCUCCCAGAGGAACAUGUCUUCCACCCUGGGUCUUGCGGGAGGCAAUGUGGACCUCGAGUCAGCCAAUGCCAGAAAGGUAGAGUCCCGCGUUGAUCGUAAGAAGCUCGAAAAGGCAGAGCGGAAGAUUCGGGCCAAGCAGGAAAAGAAGCAGAUGAAGACAGUGCAAUACGAGGCUUCCCGUCUCCUGAACGAGCCGGACAGCACCAUGUCCUACGAAGAAUUCUAUAUGGCCGUCAAUCCGCUCCAGUUGGGCUCCGACUCUCAAUCCAAGAGCAAAGAUAUCAAGAUUGACAGUAUUGAUAUCUCCGUGGGCGGCCUCCGUAUCUUGACCGACGCGUCGCUCACUCUCGCUUAUGGACGUCGGUAUGGUCUUGUGGGUCAGAACGGUAUCGGAAAGUCUACUCUCUUGCGUGCCCUCAGUCGUAGAGAGGUCUCUAUUCCCAGUCAUAUCUCGAUUUUGCACGUUGAGCAGGAGAUUACGGGUGAUGAUACCCCAGCACUUCAAGCAGUCUUGGACGCAGAUGUGUGGCGGAAGCGUCUCCUUGCGGAACAAGAGAAAAUUACGAAACAGCUUGCUGCCAUAGAAGCGGAGAGAUCUUCAAUGGCAGAUACAUCGGCAGAUGCCGCAAGGCUGGAUCAUGAACGAGAGGGUCUUGACUUGACUCUGAAUGACAUCUAUGCCAAGUUGGCAGAAAUGGAGUCCGACAAGGCAGAAUCUCGCGCAGCUAGUAUCCUGGCUGGUCUCGGUUUCUCACCGGAGAGACAGCAGUAUGCCACAAAAACAUUUUCUGGUGGUUGGAGAAUGAGAUUGGCAUUGGCACGAGCCCUGUUCUGCGAGCCAGACUUGCUGUUGCUGGACGAACCUUCCAACAUGUUGGACGUCCCGUCUAUCACUUUCUUGACCAAUUACCUUCAAACGUAUCCUAGCACCAUUCUCGUCGUUUCUCACGAUCGAGCAUUCCUCAAUGAGGUCGCCACAGACAUUGUGCACCAACAUUCUGAGCGACUUGACUACUACAAGGGUGCCAACUUCGAAUCCUUCUAUGCCACUAAGGAGGAGCGGAAGAAGAACGCUAAACGCGAAUAUGAGAAACAAAUGGCGGAGCGCGCACAUCUCCAAGCCUUCAUCGACAAAUUUCGGUACAACGCGGCCAAGUCGUCCGAAGCCCAGUCGAGAAUCAAGAAACUGGAGAGGAUGCCCAUUUUGGAAGCUCCGGAGAGCGACUAUGUUGUGCACUUCAAGUUUCCAGAUGUCGAAAAGCUUUCUCCUCCUAUUGUGCAGAUGACGGAUGUCAGCUUUGGCUAUACUAAAGACAAGCCACUGCUCAAGAACGUUGAACUUGAUGUCCAGCUUGAUUCCCGUAUCGGUAUUGUCGGACCGAACGGUGCUGGUAAGACCACAGUGCUGAAGCUCCUGACUAAUCAACUUCAGCCAACAUCAGGUCUCAUCUCGACUCAUGCGAGGUUGCGGAUCGGUUACUUUGCCCAGCAUCAUGUGGAUGCUUUGGACCUCACUACGAGUGCGGUGAGCUUCAUGGCCAAGACUUAUCCUGGCAAGACAGAUGAAGAAUAUAGACGACAUUUGGGAGCUUUCGGUAUCACGGGCACAACUGGCCUCCAGCGCAUGGAACUGCUGUCCGGAGGUCAAAAGUCUCGUGUGGCCUUUGCGUGCUUGUCCUUGACCAAUCCUCACAUCCUCGUUCUCGACGAACCUUCUAACCAUCUGGAUAUCGAAGGUAUGGACGCUCUGUCUGAGGCGUUGCAAAAAUUCGAUGGUGGUGUUGUGAUGGUAUCUCACGACGUGACAAUGCUGCAAAAUGUUUGCACCAGUCUCUGGGUUUGUGACAAGGGCACUGUGCACAAAUUUGAUGGCACUGUCGAUGCCUAUAAGAAGAUGAUCAGUGCCCAGGCCAAUGAGGCUGGUGUGGUAGCACAGCACUGA